AGACGCCACAACUAUCACAAUCCCCCACACAAGUUCACCGAUCCUCUCUUCCCCAAACAAUGGCGACCGGUCUCGUCCGUCGUGCUUUUUCUAGGGUUCACUCAUUACCGCCAGCAACCCUCCUACUCUCCCGAGCACACGCAUCCGAACCACAAUCCACACAAAAUCUAAAAAACUUCCAAAUCUACCGCUGGAACCCUGACAACCCCCAGAAACCAGAGCUCAAAACCUACCAGAUCAACCUCAACGACUGCGGCCCCAUGGUUCUCGACGCACUCAUCAAGAUCAAAAAUGAAAUCGACCCUACCUUAACCUUCCGCAGGUCCUGCCGUGAAGGAAUCUGCGGCUCAUGCGCUAUGAACAUCGACGGAUGUAACGGACUCGCCUGUUUGACCAAGAUUCCGUCAACUGAUGCCACCAUGAUAACGCCGUUACCGCAUAUGUUUGUGAUCAAGGAUCUGGUGGUGGAUAUGACCAAUUUUUAUAAUCAGUAUAAGAGUAUUGAGCCCUGGUUGAAGCGGAAGACUCCCGUGACGGAUGGGAAGGAGGUUUUGCAGAGUAAGAAGGAUCGGGCGAAGCUGGAUGGGAUGUAUGAGUGUAUUUUGUGUUCUUGUUGUAGCACUUCCUGCCCUAGCUAUUGGUGGAAUCCGGAGUCGUAUCUCGGCCCCGCUGCGCUCUUGCAUGCCAAUCGGUGGAUCAUGGACAGUCGCGAUGAAUAUACAAAAGAGCGUCUUGAUGCUGUAAAUGAUGAGUUCAAGUUGUAUCGCUGUCAUACAAUUUUGAAUUGUGCGCGUGCCUGCCCCAAGGGGCUGAACCCUGGGAAGCAAAUCCAGAACAUCAAGAGCCUUCAAACUUGAGUGUUAUUUUUUCAAUCUGAUUGAAUUUUAUAGGGAAAAUGAUGACUGUUAUCCCUUUUUCGUUCUGGGAUUAUGUUAGAACAUGCUUGUAAGUUUUUUUGUUUGUUGUUAAUAAUUUGUGAACAUGGUUGAUGGCUGUAUCUUGCCAUCAUCUCCUUUCUGUGAUCAGAAUCCUUGAAUAAUGUCGUGUCAUCUCAUGUGUGAUCAAGAUUUAGGAAUCAUAUGCGAUUAAAAUGGAGGAGUGAGGUUUUAAA